ACCACCGUUGUUUCUCAAGAGUUUACUCUGUCCCUGCGUAUGCGUUGAUAUGUUCGCUUCUCUCUCUCAUUCUCCCACCCAUAAUCUCCAUGUAAAAGAUGAAUAUGAACAGAGGCAUUUCAGCGCUUAUAAACUCUCAUCACCCUAACCCUUUUCACAUUAGCGUCUCAUUUUUUCACUCUACUCCUAUCCUGGAACGCAGAAGACGUCAAUGGGAUCCUAGCUUCAACUACCACUACCAGAAGAAAAGGUUUCGGAGGUUCAAUGCAAAACAAACAUUACUCCGCAAUGUCAGUGCAUUUGCAGAAGACUUUUUUCAGAAUUUGCAUCACGAGUCUGAUGAACAUGAUUCUUCUUCAAGCCAAGGUAGUUCGUGGUUUCAACGGGAUUUUAGGUCUUAUGCACCCAAUUCAAGCAGAUCAAGGAAUAAAGGACACCGAAAAUGGAGAAGGUUUGAUUUCACUGAAGAUUUGGAUUUUGAAGUAGAAAGCUUUUUCCGUACGGGAUUUGGUGGAAACUAUUACUAUACUUGGUUUGUAAACGAAGAUCCACAACAAAGACGUUCAUCACGUUACUCUAACAAUUAUAGGCAUUCGAAAUGGCAAUUUACAGAUGAAGAGGAUUAUGAUGAUGAAUCAACGGAAUCUGACAUGUAUGAAUCAGAUUUGAAAUCAGAGCGACUGGCCCUUGGGUUGAAUCCCUCAGGUCCUUUAAAUCUGGAAGAUGUUAAAAAUGCAUAUCGAUCAUGUGCAUUAAAAUGGCAUCCAGAUCGCCACCAUGGUCCAUCCAAGGGUCACAAGGCGAGAUUUACUCAAUGUACACCCUCAGUUGCAGAAGAGAAAUUCAAGGUCUGCAGCGCUGCUUACCAAUUGUUGUGUGAUAAAAUGGCUCUUAACUAAUCAUUUGCUGGACUUGGGAGCACGUGAAUAUUGGCGCUUGGCGCUUCGAGGCCCUUCACGAUGCGGCUGCUAUAGUUUUCUCUAAUAGGUUAGAAACAGUUUUUAGGAAAAAGUUUACUGCACACCGACAUUCAAUAAUGCAAGAAUGCUAAUAUGCUAACCUUGCAGUUGUAACAUUAUGCAUACUGUUAUUAUCACCAUUCUUUUUCUAAUUCUUUAGGCAUUUGAAGGAUGUAAAAUAUAAUACAGUUUUGUUGUGAUAUAAUAUAGCCAGAGACCACCUUAAAAGUGCUGUGGUUACUAUAAUGUUUCCAAACAGAAGAUUUAAGGUUGUGAACAACCUAUGAUGUUCACAAGUUACUACAAUGUUUCCAAAUUUUGUUCAAA